AAAAAAAAAGAACCGACGAAAGAAAAACCCGGAAAAACUUCUUCAUUCUUGAAAAAUAUUUUUCACACUGCGAACAUCGAUUACGUUUUACAUAAAUACAUAAAUUAAAUUUUUUUCCGAAAAAAACAACUUUUUCUCUAUUGCGUUCUAAUGUCGUCUGAAGUACGCACAAAAGUUCUUCAAUUGUAUAAACAACUCAUUUUUCUCGGCCGAGAAUAUCCCGGUGGAGCUGACAAAUUCCGUCAGCAGUGCCAUGAUGCAUUUAUAAAAAACAAACAUGUCCAAGAUCCGAAGCAAAUUAUGGCUUUGGUCGCCAAAGGACGUUAUGUCGCCAAGGAGCUCGAAGCACUUUAUUCUCUUAAGAAAUAUCGUGCAAUGAAACAACGUUAUCAAAAAAAUUAAAAAUAAUUUGUAAACAUUUUGAUGCCAUUAGUUUGAAAAAUCACUAAAUUCCUUGCAAGAGUUUUGUGUUUGUCGGAAGUACAAAUUGGCUUCAAGUUUUUUUUUUUUUAUUUGCUUUUUAUUAAUCGAAUUUCUUCCAAAGACUCUUGUUUUUUCUUAUAAUAUUGUUAGUUUUAUGUGUUUUUAUACAUUUUUGUUUUUGUGCAUCGAUUGUUAACCAAAAAAUGAGACAAAUAAAUUGAUGUGGUAGGUUAUUCCAAGACUGAUACAAA